CCUCCAAAUGAUUGGAUUCAGGUGUUCCAAUCCCCUCCAUAUCAUGUGAUUCAGGUGUUCCAAUCCCCUCCAAAUGAUUGGAUUCAGGUGUUCCAAUCCCCUCUAUAUCAUGUGAUUCAGGUGUUCCAAUCCCCUCCAAAUGAUUGGAUUCAGGUGUUCCAAUCCCCUCCAUAUCAUGUGAUUCAGGUGUUCCAAUCCCCUCCAAAUGAUUGGAUUCAGGUGUUUCAAUCCCCUCCAUAUCAUGUGAUUCAGGUGUUCCAAUCCCCUCUAUAUCAUGUGAUUCAGGUGUUCCAAUCCCCUCUAUAUCAUGUGAUUCAGGUGUUCCAAUCCCCUCUAUAUCAUAUGAUUCAGGUGUUCCAAUCCCCUCCAAAUGAUUGGAUUCAGGUGUUCCAAUCCCCUCCAUAUCAUGUGAUUCAGGUGUUCCAAUCCCCUCCAAAUGAUUGGAUUCAGGUGUUCCAAUCCCCUCCAAAUGAUUGGAUUCAGGUGUUCCAAUCCCCUCCAUAUCAUGUGAUUCAGGUGUUCCAAUCCCCUCCAAAUCAU